CCUGCGCGGGCCGUGGCGGAGCUCCGCGAAGUUGCGCGGGGGCCGGGGAAGUUUCGGCGCUGCGCGGCGGCGGGGCGGUGGGCAGCGGCUCCCGCUCCCGCUCCGCACCCGCGCCGGCGCGGCCAUGGCCUUCCGCCGGCGGGCCAAGAGCCACCCGCUCUUCAGCCAGGAGUUCCUCAUCCACAACCACGCCGACAUCGGCUUCUGCCUGGUGCUCGGCGUCUUCAUCGCCCUCAUGUUCGAGGUUACAGCCAAGACUGCCUUCCUGUUUAUCUUACCUCAGUAUAAUGUUAGCGUGCCUACAGCAGAUGGGGAGCUGAUCCAGUAUCACUAUGGGCUGAAGGAUUUGGUCACCAUCCUCUUCUACAUCUUCAUUGCCAUCAUCCUGCAUGCGGUGGUGCAGGAGUAUGCCCUGGAUAAAAUCAACAGGCGUCUCCAUCUCUCCAAGGUCAAACACAGCAAGUUCAAUGAAUCGGGACAACUGGUUGCCUUCCACCUCACCUCUGUGAUGUGGUGCUUGUACGUUGUGGUGACGGAAGGAUACAUAUCUAACCCCCGGAGUUUGUGGGAAAACUACCCGCAUGUUUAUCUUCCGUUCCAGGUGAAGUAUUUCUACCUGUGCCAGCUAGCGUACUGGUUGCAUGCACUGCCAGAACUCUACUUCCAAAAAGUUCGCAAGGAGGAGAUCCCCCGCCAGCUGCGGUGCAUCGCUCUCUACCUGGUGCACAUCGCCGGCGCAUACCUCCUCAACUUAACCCGCUUGGGGCUGAUCCUCUUGCUGUUGCAGUACUUAGCCGAAUUCUUCUUCCACAUGGCCCGGCUGGUCUAUUUCACGGAUGAGAACAACGAGAAGCUGUUUAAUGUCUGGGCUGUCGUGUUCGUGGUCACCAGGCUCUUCACCCUCACCUUGUACAUCCUGGUCAUUGGCUUUGGGCUGCCACGAGUGGAGAACCAGGCCCUGGACCCCGAGAGAGGGAACUUCUUCAGCUUUCUUUUCAACAAUAUCCUCUUCAGAAUGAGUGUGCUGCUGUUGGUGUGCCUCUUCCAGGCCUCGGUGAUGUGGCGCUUCAUCCACUUCCAGCUGCGGCGCUGGAGGGAGUACUGGAACGAGCAGAGCAGUCGGAAGCGAGCCGCUGCCGCCGCCAGCAGCAAGCAGCAAGCCAAGCCACUCAAGAGGGACUCGGGUUACCAUGAAAAUGGAGUGGUGAAAGCAGAGAACGGCACCUCGCCACGAACCAAGAAGCUGAAAUCGCCGUAGAAGCAAAAGUUUGUCUCCUGGGUAGGAGGGCGAGAUACCGGGACUAAGAAGUGACCCCUCCUCCUGAUCCUUGCGAGUGUCAUCUUGAAUGGCUUGGAAACCAGUCAUCUUCCCAAGGUGUCUCUCGCUCUCCUCCUUUCCUUUCUUGCUCUCUUGAACCAUUUGCAAUAAAACCAAAAAAGGUCCCUUUCCCCUGCCCCCUUCCCCUCGUAGGAACCUUUUCCAACCCUCCUGGUUUUGCCUUCCUCUGUUUCAUCGUAAAUCAGCGUGCAAUUUUUGUUUUCUUUUCUAUUUUAGUGUUUGGUUAUUUUGGAUUAUUGUUACAAGUGCAUUGUAGGUGGUUCCAAACAAUCCUUUUUUUCUUCUGUAGCAUGUUCCUCCCCUUUCUCAGUGGUGCUUCCCUGAGCCCCUGGGACAGGGCCAUGGCAGCUUGAAGGCACCACAUGUCUCUUAGGGGAACAGGCUCCUGGGGGAUUGUGCUGGGGCUCUGUGACCCUGAGGCUCAGGGGUGCUUUUAGGCAAGGGUUGCCACUCCUGGGGCAUGUCUGGCCAGUGCUUGCCAAGUGCCUUAGGAUGGUGCUGCUGCAAAUAGCAACCAGGGUCUGCGGGAGGAACCUUAGCUGUGUCUUGUCUCAUGGUGGACCUCUCGUUAAGUGGGGUUUUUCUGACCCCUGGAUUUGAGCUAAUUCUAGCUCAAAUUCACCUCCUAGCCUUUGCUUGCCCAAGCUCUUCUGGUACAGCUGGGUCUCUUACCCUCUUUGCUGCAGGGGGUGAGCUGCCCCGUAGUUGUUCUGGACUUCCCAGCCCCAGGAGCUGGGCUCAGGGCUCUGCAGCUUGCAGUGCCUUGUCGUGGGGCAGCAGCAUCCUCAGGUCCAUAUGAAACCUUGAGUCCUGCCCCACUCUGAGUGGUGGCCUGGCUUGUGGCAGCCCAGGCCCUUUGCCAGUUGGUGUGUGCCUCAUGGACCUGGUGUUCUCAUGGCUCAUGACCAUGUCCAGGUGACAGACUAGCUGCUGCAAAGGGUUUUUGCAUCAAUGGGACUGUGGCCCUCAUGCUGUCACCUUAGCCUUCCUCAUCCCUACCGUACCAGUCUGGCAAUGCCAUCGGCAGCCACCAGCUUCACUCUUCGUUUCCAAAGGAUACAGAGCUUGUAUCCGCCGAAGGUGCUAUCAAAUGCAGGGUUUCUUCCAAAAAACGUAGCCCCUUCAUCCCUUCUGAGCUGUGAAUGAGAUAACAGGGAAGGGAAAGGAAGCCGGGGCUGCAAGGAGCAGCUUGCAUAUUAGGAAAAGCUUAACUUGUGACGCAUAGCUGUUAGCAGAUGGAGUUGUCUCAAAUCUACCUCAGAGGCCAUCUGUUGGUUCAGACCACUCUCCCCUCUUGCUCCUGCCUGCUGCCACCUAUAUCUGCUGGCAGGAGAUUUCAUGGGAACCCCAGAUCCCACCAGCUCAGUCCCUUGCUGCUUUGCUGGGGAGCAGCAUCUCCUACCUGGGGUUUCAUGGGUCAGUGCCAUCUCACUGAGCUUCUUCGGGGUGCCAUGCACUGCUCUAGGUUUGGCUGGCUUGCAGUGGAUGGGCAUCUCACCCCACAGCUCUCCUCUGGGGCAGUUUCAGUAGCCAGGCUUUGCUGUUGGUGCCUCUUGUGCAGCAAAGCCGGCUGUAGCUUUAGUUCUGCUUCGCCACAGCAGGAACAAGCGAGCAGUGUGCUCCCCCAGCUGGGUGAGAAGAAGGGGGCACAGAUUUGGGGGGAGCGUGGGGUGCUCUUCAAUAUGCAAUCCAGGAUUGAGGUCCACCUUCCUUGCGGGUGAGGGAGGCACGUUGUCCUUAGCGUGCCAUUUGCUCAGCCCUUGGAGCAGCUGAACUCUGGCUCUUUCUGAGUGCAAUCCUAGCUUGAGGCUGGCACAGUUGUCCCUUGCAUCAUUCAUGUUUUGAGGAAUGGGUGACAGUUGAUUUUCUGCCCCUCUUUGAGUUGAGUGAGGUGUUUUAUCCUCUUUCUGUAGAUGCCUGUUGUCCUUUCCUCCCCCUCUUGUUGAGCUAACACUGGGCACCGGAGGGAGAAAAUGUGCAGGGACACGAGGACAGUUGGUUAUCCCCACAAUCUCUUGAGUGUCAACUGAGAGAUAUUGGCAGGAGAGGGAUUCCCCCUUUUUCAGGGGAACUGAGGAAGGAGACUUUGGAGCAAACCCCUUGACGGUAUCUUGCAAUUGCUCUUCAUAGCCCUUGCUGGGUAGAUAAUGCACGUUUUGGCUCAGAGGCAGCCACAGUACCUGUGGUGCAACGUGAUCAGAGGGGGAAAAGAGCUUUACAUUAGGGAGUAUGUGGAAAAGGUCUAGCGUGAGAGGUUUUGUCUUUCUACUGCCUCUUCCCAUCCCCAGGCAUCCACUGUCACGUGCCCUCUGAUAAUAACCGCUGGCCAGCAUCUCUCCAGAGCCUCAGCCGGUCCUUCCUGCAAAGCCGGUGCCUCACAGCAGCUUUGACUCUGUUAACAGGUGACACAGAACGGUCCCCCAAAAAACAGGCUGCUGAAUGAUUCCUCCUCCUGCCUGCUUUGCUUCAGGAGCUUUUCCACUCACAAAAUCCUGCAUCUCCAUACAGUAGCUAGUUAUGCUUUGUAUCCCAAGUGCCUUAUGUUGCCAUGUAGUCUCUUGUAUGCUUGAUCUGUGUACUAUAUCAGUAGCUGAAUGCCCUCCCUCUUUACAAUGUAUGUACAACAUAUGCUACAACUAUGUGUUUUUUGGUUUCUUUUUGAUAGAGCUACCAGUAAAAGGGACAGUUUGUUUUGGAAGCCUUUCCACGUGUUCUUUUUUUUUAAAAAAAACUUAUAGAUAAUGGGGCUUUUUUUGCCCUCCUCUGUAUUUAGUCCUCAGAAAUCCCCAUCCUUCUCUUGCUCCACCCAAAUGUGGCAGGUUUAGGUAUUUUUUUGAGCUGAGCCUUUGUUGUAAGGCAAUAUGUGCUGUCACCCCAGAGGUUUGCAAUCCACCCUCCACUGGCGAGGCUGCCAUGGGCUACUUCUAUCUCUGUCCAGUGCGAACACCAUCCCCUUGGCUGCAAGCCCGCAGUAACUGCUUCUACAUCCAUGUCAUUUCUCAGCAGACCAAGCCCUCUCGUUAGCCCAAAGAGCUUUUUCUUUCCCAGAGUAUUUUCAUUGCAAGCCCUUAGUGGUCAAACUUUCCUUGACCGCUCUGCGUACAAAGAUGCCACAAGCUCACUUUCUUUGAGUGGAUGCUUUUCUCGUGCCCCAUCUUGUCAAGCCCUGUGUCUUCUGCAAAAAAAUUCCAACCCCAAACAGGAGCUCUUGUCCACCACAGUGCAGAAAGCGUUAGAGACUAUGCAAAACUACAAGUCCUUAUGACGCUAUUGCUUGCACCCUUCCUCUGGGCUUGAGGCUGCUUUUGUAGUCUGUGUCCAUUAUUCAACCUAAGAAGGUCGGGGGUUGAGGAAUCUCUUGAUUUUUUGGUGUGAAGCCUGAUGUUUUCCUGCCCUAGCCUAGAAGAGCUAUGGAAUACCAGGAGUAGUUCUCUCUUUUUGUCUUAGAUAGUUGGGGAAUGAGCUUGGGAAGAGAAAAGGGGCAUAGGAAGAACAGAUGUAGCAUUUCACAUAUAAUUUUUGAGUGACUUAUGUUAUGGGGCAUUACAGUUGUGUUGGCUUUUUUGUUUGUUUGUUUAGGAUUCUUUCUUCUUACUCAUCAUGUUUGGGUUAGUAGUAAAGAAAACAAGUUCCAGUUCCCCUGUAGGUCCCCUUACCCUUAACUCACCAUUUAAAAAUGUAUUUUUGGUAGGCUUCCUGGUUGGAGGGAAGAACGACUACCCUAGGAUGCCUCCCCCUUGCCUCCAAGUGACUCUUGAAGCCUGCAGCUGCCCUGCCUUUGCUGCAGUGCCUGGGGGUGUACAGCAGCCUCAGUCUCUUGCCUUAGAUGAAGUCUUGGUAGCCGGACCCCGACUUGUGUCAACAGUAGAUGGAGGUUGUGGGGUCUGAUUUACAGCCUUCCCGUAAACCUCGUGCGCGUGUAAUAGACUGUUUGAUGGGUAGGUUUUAUACUCAGUGAAGUAUGUUACUUCGCCUCAGGGCUGGGGCAGGGGUGGUGUUGCCCACAGCAGGGAAGAACGGCUGUUGUAAAAGCCAGGCAGAGGCACGGCGUUUUUCUUUGAAUAUGUUGAACUCGAUGGACCAGACUUCAGCAAAGGAACUUGAGGAAAAAUUCUGUUCUUCCAUAUUUAUGCUUUAGUGCAAAUUUCCUAAUUUUGGAGGGGGUGGGGGGAAGUAAGAGUCUCUGAUAUUUUAUCCUGUUUGUUUCAUUCUCCCUGUCACUUAAAGUUUUUUGUAUGGAUUUUGUUUGUUGCUGUUUGUUGUUAAAUGACUUUUGUGCUACACUCAACAAAAGUAUUUUUCUGAAAUAAAUAAAUAAAAAGCAUAGAUUCUUCCA